AUGUCUAAACGGGAAAUCGCUAACGAACUUCACAAACCAGCAAGGAAAAAUUUCACUAGGCGUCGAGUUAACGUCUAUGGAAAAAAUGAUUUAUGGCAAGCUGACUUGGUUGAAAUGAUACCAUAUUCAAAAGUAAAUGGUGGUUACAAAUACUUCCUGGUUGUGAUUGAUUGUUUUACAAAAUUUUCUUGGGCGAAACCGUUAAAGUCUAAGACAGGUAAAGAAGUUACUAGUGCAAUGUCUACAAUAUUACUUGAUCGUUCGCCGAAACUUUUACAACUCGAUAACGGAAAAGAAUUUUACAACACCACAUUCGACGCUUUGAUGACCAAGUAUGGCAUACACAAAUAUUCAACUUUCAGUAUUCUAAAGGCCAGCAUAGCAGAGAGGUUCAAUCGUACUUUGAAGGGAAAAAUGUAUAAGGAGUUCACUGCCCGUGGCUCUCAUGAAUGGGUUUCAAUUUUACCAAAGUUACUUGACGAAUACAAUAAUUCAUACCAUAGGACUAUAGGAAUGACACCAAUACAAGCAGAUUCCAACCCCGCUUCGGUGCUAAUUAAUGACUGUGCUGACAACAGUACAGCGAUCGCUAUCCGGGGGCAAGACGUGGCCCAAUUAAAAGAUGAAAUAAAUCGUAUAACCGGAAUAUUUGAUGAAAAUUCAUUGCCGAAUCACGGAACAUAUAUUUCAGAAUUAAAUUCACGUUUUCGAGCUGUAUACACCAUCGUGUUUGGUAGUCUUUUGCCAGUGUUAUAUAAACCUGAAAUUAUGUCGUCGGCCAUCGCAGACAUGCAAUGCGUUCUUGGAGCAGGCAAUAAAUAUUUUAUUAAAGAAUUAUCUAUAGUCGACACUGAAACAUGGGCGAACCAACACUGGAUUUUUAAAAAUUCUAAAUCUAAGCAGGACAACAAGAGUCGAAAAACUAAUAAGUGGUUGGAACAUAACUAUCAUAAACUUACUAUAGAAUAUGGUGAUAUUGAGUAUGAAGAACUAAGUAGAAUAUUAAACUCUUUAAAGUUCUCAUGCAUUUACGUCAAAGGUGAGCAGAAAAAACAGCUGCUUACAGAAUUUAUACCUCAAGUCGUACUAAUCAACAUCGAAGACCUUGGAUGCCCACGUUUGGAUCAAUUAUGUGACGAUGAAACUCUACCUUGUUGUCUAAUAUUGCAAUGA